UAAAAACCGUGGUUUAUAAAUGGCGUUAGCGUUCAACUAUUGUUGUUUCAAUAAUAAAAACGUUUUUCAUAAAGAAAACGAUAAAUAUACAGUGAAAUAAUGAAGAUCAUAGGAAAGUGAAUUUAAUGAUGAUUGUUAAAAAAGUGAAAAAUUCAAAUUUCUGUGUUUUAUUAAGAUAAAUUCAAUACGAGCAUUCUUGCAAAUAUUUUUGAGGUUAGCUUCGUUCUUGAAAUUCGUUUUCUUUUUCAAGAGAAUUUGUAAAUUAUAAAAUGAGGAAAAAACAACGAUUUCGUUUCUAAUCGUACAAUAAACAAUUAAUACAUUCUCUAUGAAUUGUGUGAAUUUUUUUUUUUUUCAGUAAAAAAAUAAGUUUUAUAUUUUUGAUUUAAGAGGGUUUUUUUUUGUAUGUAUACGUCGUAGAUUUUUCUUUCUUUUUCACACAAAAACAGAAUAGAAAUUUAACAAUAGUUUGUUUUUGUAAAUUCUCGAUGGUUUUACGUAGUCAUCAAAAGUUGAUGGGGAAUAAAACAUGGCUGAUCGAGAUUACGAUAUAGGAUCAGCUACUGAUAUUCUUGUGAAUGAUUUUGACGACGAACGAACACUCGACGAGGAAGAGGCUUUAGAAGGUAGUGAGGAUUCUCACAACGAAUUAUCAAAUUUACAAAAGGAAGGUGAUAUGCCUUUGAAAGAUUUACUCGCAAUGUACGGAUUACGAGAUUCUUCAAUGGGCAAUGCGAAUAGUUCGGAGAGAAUGAUUCUAAUUCCUCAGGACGAUGGUGAAAUGAAAGAUAAAAUGGAAGAGGACGAAGAAGAAGAGGAAGAAGAGGAGGAGGAGGACGAUGAUGAGGAGGAUGAUGACGAUGAUCCUUCAAAUAAUGAACCGGAUUUGAAACAAUUUUACACGGAAAUGGUGCAGAAGGAGGAAAUGAAAGAAAAUGAAGUAGCGCGCAGUGGUAAUAAUAAUAGAGGAAGUGAAAAUGUUUGUGCAAUUGCUGUUGGUUGUGCAAAUGAACCAAAUAUAACCGAAAGUGGAAAUUCGAGAAAUGAUAGUCACAAUGUUACGGAGGAUGGUGGUGGUAAUAAUAGUGGUGGUGGAAAUGAAACUGGAAAUGGUACAGAAGGUAACGAGGGAAUGGAAACCGGAGGUGGAAAUAGUGGAGGUGGCGGAAGUGGAAGUAAUGGAGGAAGUGGAGGUAGUGGAUCUUCAAGACUUCUUCGUAGUGUUUCACGACCGCAAAGCGAGGAAGAGGAGGACGAUUGCGAUUAUAGUCCCGAUGAAGAGGAAUGGAAAAAGACAAUUAUGGUUGGCAGUGAUUAUCAAGCGGCGAUACCAGAAGGACUUUGUAAAUACGAUGACGCCUUACCUUAUGAAAACGAGGAUAAAAUGCUCUGGGAUCCAAGUCAUAUUCCAGAAGAGGAGACGGAGGAAUUUUUGGAGAGAGCACAAUUACCAACUGUUAAAGGAAGUUCGUUACCUUCUGGCUCGCAUAUUCGUGAUGAUGAGCAGGCGCUAUAUUUGUUACUACAAUGCGGUUAUAAUUUAGACGAAGCACUUCGAAGACGUCGUAUGAACGUUCAACCACAAUCGGAAGCUGUUAGUUUAUGGUCCGAGGAAGAAUGUCAUAAUUUUGAAUCAGGCUUAAGAAAUUAUGGAAAAGAUUUUCAUCUAAUUCAGAAGAAUAAGGUGAGGACAAGAUCCGUUGGCGAACUCGUACAAUUUUAUUACUUAUGGAAAAAGACAGAGAGACAUGAUAUUUUUACCUAUAAGGCGCGUUUGGAGAAAAAGAAAUACGCUCUUCAUCCUGGUAUCACGGACUACAUGGAUCGCUUUCUGGAAGAGCAAGAAGGAGUUCGAGAUCGUAGUAGUUCGCCUAAUGUUCAUUGUUUAUUGUAUGGUGAUGCAAAAAGACAGCGAACAAAUGCAAAUUUGGGAAAUAAUGAAGAUUCAAAAUCUCUGGAACUUUGGGAUGGUACUGCUGGUCCAGGACCAAUUUCAAAUACUGGAGUGACAAACAUGAAUGUCGAUCCAUUGACAAUUGAUUUCAAUAAUUCGACAACUGGGCCCGUUCAACCAGCUCAAAAUUCAGCUGCGCCUGUUACAACGUUGCAAAAUUCGCAUCCAUCAUCGGGAAAUUUCUCGAAUCGAGGCCACAUGGAUUAUGGAUUAGCGACAAAAGGAAAUUCUGAAAGUGGGGGUGGAACCUGGUCCCCUACGUCGUCGUCGCCACCCUCGCAACGAAAUGCACAUCAGCCUAAUAAUAAUCAUUUAACAACGUCCAGCAAUGUUUCCACUGGCAACGAAACGGCACGAUCGCCUGAAAAUAUUUUACCUCACCUGCCACCUUAGCGUUAAAUUUAAAAAUUUCUCGAUUUUUCGUCCCUCUCCUUAUCUCUAUGAAAAAAAAAAAAAAAAAAAAACGCGUUGAACGUGUCGUCGAGCCCUCGUUGCUUCUCCCAAGCACCUAUAGCAUCAUUCAAAUCGUACUACACAUUCGUUAAGCACCCACGAAUUAUAUUUUUCUACUUGACAGUAAUACGAUUUUAUUAUGAAAAAAAAAUCGUUCGGCGGCGAAUAACAAACGUGUUAAGAGUUUCGACUAUUUUUUUUUUCUUUUGGUAUCUAAAAAUUACAAUUAUUUAAUUAUAAUAUUGCUAGUAACAUUUUUUUUAAUACUUUACAGUUUCAAUUUAUGAAAUUCAAAUUUGAUUUCGUAUCUUUUUUUAUUUCUUAGACAAUGAUAAUUUUUCCUUUAUCAGAAUUUUUCUUUUUCGAUGGGAAAAAAAAAUUAUUAAAGACUUUCUUUUCUGAGGAAAGAAAUUUUCUUUUUUUUUUUUAAUAAAUUUUUGUUGAUUCUUUGUGAUGAUUUUUUUGUAUAAUUUAAGUAAGAUAAUUUUUUGUUUCGUUUAUACAGUCUUCAAUGGAUUUAAACUAUAAUAGAAAUAAUGGGAAUUUACGUUAUUGUUUAAAGGAAUUUGUUUCCUAUUUACAAGCAAAAAAAAAAGAAAAAAAACGAUGUUAUCGUCUUUAUAUAAAUAUAAAUAUAUAUAUACUUUUAUUAAUUAGUCGAUACCCUUUUCGACGAUGUGAACCUAGAACGAUCAGAUUAAAUGAAUAUUGUAACAUUA